GUGUCAUCUCCGGAGUUCAGAACUUCUCCGACGCUCCCUUCGAAAUGGAGCCCCUGGUGCUUCUUUUGUUGGUGUAUACUUCCGCUGCCUCCUCGGAUACUUCACAUUCAAUGAAAAAGAGGCAGAUCUUCAGAGAGCAAGUCCUUCCUCACUCAGGCGGCAAGAUCCCCGAAGAGGCUUUCAGGUCGGACAGACUCGCCCUGAAUAAGUUAAACGCCGCUGGCAUAGCCGUACCAGACGGGAUCCUCCUUGAAACAAGAAACCGAGAGUCGCACUUCCCGUCGCACAGGCACGACCCGGACAUAGAAGCUUCGAUCAUAAAACUGGUGCAGAAACCCGACGGGAGAUACGCUCCUCCCGAGGGACGAUAUCCGUUCAACAACCUCGUCGCCUCCACUUAUGUAAUAAGGAAGCCCAUUCACAGCCAUCACGUCGUCAUACCGCCGCAGAGGCCCAUCCAGACGAUCUUCAGACUUCCGGCUAGACCGUUUUUCGAGGCCGAUGAUGAUCUGUUCGAAUUAAACAACGUUGACGACUUCGACCUUCUGAAUACUUACAACACCGAUUUCCCGGGAAGCAGGCUGUGGGCCGGCUUCGGCCCUCUUUUCCACGACACGGGGAACAGGAUCCUCCGUCAGACGAGGAAGAACGUCCGGAAGGAUUUGGUCAAAGAUCCCCCACUGGAACAAGCGAGAUUCCCCUCGGCCAACGCCAUCCACGCGACUCCACGGCCGAGCACAGGCACCCCGACGCUUAAGACCAUCCCUCCGACGAGCUUCAAGUGCCCUCUAAAACUGAUGCACCAUCAGAUGAUUCCGGACCCUCAGGCCAGCUGCCAGGUUUUUCAUUUAUGCCACGUAAACGGAAGCAGAGAAUCAUUCCUGUGCCCCCAAGGAAUGAGGUUCAACCCAAGGAGCAGCCAGUGCCUGAGUUGGAGAGAAGUACCAUGCCCAUUUUAGUGACCUCUCAUCUCGAAAACAACUGUUUAUAAUGUAUAAAUAUUUAUAAAAACUUUUGUGCUGUAAAAAUUGAGCUUGUCCUUCUCUCUUUGACUUGAGUCAUUAAAACAAUGCAUAGCAUGUGCCAAUAUUUUUUGUACGUUUUUUUCAAAUAAAUUGUUUUUAUUUUU